GGAGGUGCUGGCGAAGCUGGAGCGAGGAGGGCAGGCAGAGGGGCGGGCGGUCCUGGAGGGCGAGUGCCGGGACGGGCGGUACGGUCGCCUUCUCAGGCCGCAGAAGACAGAACAGACGUCGCAGGCGUACUCGCGGCGAUGGGCUCCCUGGCGGCCGCCCUCUGGGCCAUGCUCCAUCCCCAGACUCUCCUCCUGGGUGCCCUCGCCUUUCUGCUCUUUGCUGACUUCCUUAAAAGAAGGCGCCCAAAGAACUACCCGCCAGGGCCCUGGCGCCUGCCCUUCGCUGGCAGCUUCUUCCACCUGGGCUUUGAGCAGUCGCACCUGACACUUCAGCCGUUUGUGAAGAAAUAUGGUAACUUGCUUAGCCUGGACUUUGCGGACAUACCUACAGUUGUUGUUACUGGAUUGCCCUUGAUCAAGGAAGCCCUUGUCCACAUGGACCAACACUUUGUGAACCGUCCUGUUUCCCCUGUCCGAGAACGUAUCAUUAAGGGAAAUGGAUUGAUCAUGUCCAAUGGGCAAGCAUGGAAGGAACAAAGAAGGUUCGCCCUGACAGCGCUAAGGAACUUUGGUCUGGGAAAGAAGAGCCUAGAGGAACGCAUUCAGGAGGAGGCCCGCCACCUCACUGAGGCAAUCAAGGAGGAGAAUGGACAGCCUUUUGACCCUCACUUCAAAAUCAACAAUGCAGUUUCCAACAUCAUUUGCUCCAUCACCUUUGGGAAGCGAUUUGAGUACCAGGAUGCUCAGUUUCAGGAGCUGCUGAGGUUACUGGAUGAGGCCACAUUUAUGGAGGCUUCAAUGGCAUGCCAGCUCUACAGUAUCUUUCCAUCGAUAAUGAAGUUCCUUCCUGGACCCCACCAAACUGUCUUCAGAAAUUGGGAAAAACUGAAAUUGUUUGUUUCUCAAAUGAUUGAAAAACACAAGAAAGAUUGGAAUCCUGAUGAAACAAGAGACUUUAUCGAUGCUUACCUCAAGGAAAUGGCCAAGAAUGCAUGCAGUACUACUUCAAGUUUCCACGAAGAGAACCUCAUCUGGAGCACUCUGGACCUCUUCUUUGCUGGAACCGAGACAACUUCUACGACCCUGCGCUGGGCUCUGCUUUACCUGGCCCUCCACCCAGAAGUCCAAGAAAAAGUACACGCUGAGAUUGACAGAGUGAUUGGCCAGGAGCAGCAGCCCAGUGUGGCCGCCCGGGAGUCCAUGCCCUACACCAAUGCCGUCAUCCACGAGGUGCAGAGGAUGGCAACAUCUCCCCUGAACGUGCCCCGGGAAGUGACAGCCGAUACCACCUUGGCUGGGUACCACCUGCCCAAGGGGACUAUGAUCCUGACCAAUUUGACUGCGCUGCACAGGGACCCCGCAGAGUGGGCCACCCCGGACACGUUCAAUCCUGAGCAUUUUUUUGAAAAUGGACAGUUUAAGAAAAGGGAUGCCUUUCUGCCCUUCUCAAUAGGAAAGCGGGCGUGCCUUGGAGAACAGUUGGCCAAGUCAGAGCUGUUCAUUUUCUUCACUUCCCUCAUGCAAAAAUUUACCUUCAGGCCCCCAGAAAAUGAGAAGUUGAGCCUGAAGUUCAGAAUGGGCAUCACCAUCUCCCCAGUCAAGCACCGCCUCUGUGCUGUUCCUCGGGCGUGACGUGGCAGGGAAGGGAAGGGGGAAGGAAGGAAGAAGAAUGGGCAUGUGUUCUGAAGACACUGGUCACUGCACAGGUGUGAGGGGACAAAAUGAACAUGACCCUGAGGAAAAUCAGAGGAAUAGGACUCAGAGAAAACUAUAUCCAAAUCCAAGCUCUGCUUUCUCCUCCAAAUUAGCUUUGGAAAAGUCAUUGAUGUGCCAAACAAUUUAGCUUUUCUCCUGGGAGGUGAGAAGAGGACAAUGAUUCCUUCCUGAAAGAAAGUUCGUGUUAAAAGGAAAUAGUGGCCUUUAAGUGAUUUGUAAGCCAUAAAGCACGUCAUAAGAGUUAUAGCUGUAUGUGCCUUCAUCUUGCAUCCUUUGUUAGAUGUGUAUUUGCUUCUGGCAUGUUGAAAGAGCUCAGGUCAGAGUGGUGCAAAAUGGUCUUUAAGAGUUAAGAGUGGGCCCUGGGACAGCCACAGAGGUGCAUCCUAAAGGCUGUCUCAUUUGCUCCCACUGUACUUUAUUUUCUUCAUGCCUGAGUGGUUUUCUUAGAAGUUAGCAGGGCAGGUAUUGUUCCCUGUUGACAGAGAAAGCAAGUGUUGUUGAAGCAGUUUCUAAGGAUGACAUAAAGAAACACUAACUUGGCCUUAGAUCCAUGGUCAAGUAGAGUGUGUCCCCAGUUAAUCAAAAUGGGAAGCAGGUUUGGGGGACUAAUGUGGAAAUAUUUUCUAUCCUUAAGAGUAUCUCUUUGCCUUAAAUCUUCCAAUAGGUAUCGAUUCUCAGGCUUUUUCACAUUGGAUUUAACUAUGUGGUAGGCGUGAUCUUUUCUUGCAACUAGAUUGUAAGUUUUUGGUGGACCCUGGUAGAGUAUUUUACAGCAGGAGAUCAGAAAUGUCACAUACCUGCUCAACCUGUCUGGGUUUAGCUGCUGAGGGGACAAAAUGCUCAUAAAAGAGAAGGCCAGGUAACACAGAUACUCCAUGGAAUUUUGAUACAAUGUGAAUGCAGAAAAAUGAACAAAACCCCUGGAAAACUAGACUAACUCUUAUAUAAAGAUCUCUAUUUUCCCUAAAGUGGUAUCUUAGUCUAUUUUCUGUUGGUAUAAGAGAAUACCUGAGACUGGAUGAUUUAUACAGAAAAGUUUAUUUGCUCAGAGUUCUGGAGGCUGGAAAGUCCAAGGGCACGGUGGCAGCUCCUAGCAAGGGCUUUUGUACUGUGUUAUAGCAUGGCAGAAAAGCAGAAGGGCCACAAACACCUGCCAAAUAGAGAAAGCAUGAGGUGCUCGGCUUACUUUAUAGCAGGCCACUCUCUGCAUAACUAACAAACACACCUCCUUGGUACUGACACUAAUCCAUUUGUGAGGGCUCCACCCUUCUGACUCACCUUUCAUUACACCCCACCUCCUAACACUGCAGCAUUGGGAACUAAGUUUCAAAAGAAGCUUUGAGGGGACAAACACCUAAACCAUAGCAAGGUGAUUCAACCUAAGUAAGUAGCCUAAAACACAACAUGCCAUGAGCCAUGGGGCAUAUCCUUCUUGUCUCUUGGGAUUCAGAGAAAAGCAAAUGCAGUUGGCACUGUGAGAAUGGGAAACCGAGAAAAGGAUAGGGGUAGAGUGUUUGGCUGGAACCAGCCUAAGCUGGCUGAGAGAGCAAAGAAAAAUGUGCCUGGAAGAAAUGGUUGAGUUUUUAAUGUGUGGGAGGAGGCUUUGGUCCUUCUUGCCUAGUAAAAGAGAGAAUUGAAAUGAGAGCCCCAUGCAUGUGCACUUGUUCUGUAACUCACUAUAAAGUCGCAUCUCUGGAAAACAGGCCAAGUGAUAGUCUAAGAAUAAAACCAAUUAAAUCAGGCCUUGAACUCCCCAAACUUCCAGGACCUUGUCUUACAUUUUUUCCCCCAAAUAAGAUCACCCAAGUAGGAGACUCAAACAGAAAUUGGUCAAAAUAGAUUAUCUGUCUCAGUUUCUUUAUGUGUAAAAUGAAGGAUUUGUUGAAGUCAUCUCUAAAUUCCUUCCCUGCUCUACUGUGCAUUGUCCAUGAUCCUGGAUGGGGAGGUACACACCCACUUCUGGGGAAUAAAUGUAAACUCACUAGGGACUCAUCCUGACCUAAGGGAUGCAAUGGGACCAAGGGCCAAGUAGAGUAUAUGCACAAUUAGCCAGAAACUUGGGCAAUACAUGACUUAUAAUUGAUUUUUAUGGCCAUGUAAAAUGUCUUUUUCCUCAAAGCUUGUUGGAUAGGCUCUAAAAUAUGAGGCCUUUUCCUAUCCAAGCAAGACACGAAGAUUUUGUUAUACACACUUUUGUUACUCUGUUACUCCUGCAUCUACCUGGAAGGCUCCAGGGCCCCUUCCCCUCUUCUUUCGUAUCAGUGCCUGACACAGUGUGCAACAUGACAUGAUCCGUGGCAUCGCGGACCAAGAGUGGAUUUUACCAAAUGGCAACCUAGGCUGUGAAUCUCCUCUCCACCACUCCCCUGCAAAGACACACAGACACAUGCAGGCUGCAGGAUAAAUGUAAAAUGGGGUUGGAGGUUGCGUGACUUACGGCAGAGAAGAGCAGGACACACACGAUAUCCUGAGCACUCAGAAGUGUUCCGGGUUGGGCACAGCUGGACUGCAUGCACCAGGGAGAAGUCCAGGAGAGGGACCACCCUCACAGUGCCCCGCAUACUUGCAGACAGGAGGCAGGGGCUGGUUAGGUGAGUAAGUAGCAAGGACAGCUCCGUGGGUAAGGAAGCGGCUUGGUUAGAACAGGAAACUCCAGACACUCAAGCUCCAGGCUUGAGCUCCCUCCCUCAAGCCUGCUGAGCCAGCCUUUUUUCUAGCCACCAAAAGGGAAGGGGGGCAGGGGUGAGUGCUGAAGGUCUUCUGGAUUUGUCACUGCUCAACCCCUUACUGCGACUUUAAGAGCAAGACAUUUAAACCUGCAAAAUCUCUUUUUCCUCCUCUAAAAACAAAGGUAUGAGAGCAUAAAUGUCACUAUGUGGUGGUGAGGAUAAAAUUGGAAAACAUGAAAUUCUUUCUGUGUAAUAAAUCAACAGCAAUGAGAUUCAAGAGGGUGCAAGGCAAAAGUGGUUCUAUUCCCACCCACCCACACCCCAACACAUGCUGCACAACCUUUCUGACUCUGGACGAAAUUUCAGGCAGGGUCCAUCACUUUUCAAGUUACUCUUACAUAACAAAUUCUCACAUGUGUUCCUAAGAAGAGUCCUUUUGGCCGUUACAGUUUGCAGCCCAAUAAGGACACCGCUAUAGAACUCCUUAGGAUAGUUGAUUAGGUCCCCCUUCCCCACCCAGUUUCAGAACUGGAAGGUUUCCAGGUGGGGAGGGCAGGAGUUCAACUAUCUUGUCUCUCUGCACCAUAUGCUCCCCCUUUCACAUGCGACCCCACCUCACCUUCCCACCCAGGUGACCUACCGGAGCUGGGGCCAUCCAUAUGCAGUGUCCUUACCUUAAUGUGUCUCUCCCACUCCUGGGCAUCUCCUAGUUCUGCUGCUCAUCUGGACAAUUAUCCCUCUAGGCAGUCCUCUUGUUAGCAUCAAAAAUGGUCCCAUAAGCCAGAGGGGCCAUGCAGUGCCCUACUGAGAGAUCCCUCCCUCCACGGCCCCCACUGUUGGCACCACUCAGCCUCAUGCCUAUAGGAAGUUCCAGGCAUCUGUGUGGCUCUGAUUCUUGGUACCCCAGAGAUUCCACAGAGCAGAGUUAAAAACUUGAAGUUUGAAGCCUCUUACCCGGUGAGGGGAAAAAUUGUCAUGCCCUCACUCCAUGGGAGAUGGGUGGGAGGUGAGGAGGACCCUUUCAUCAAAGAAAACCAGAACUGAAAAGUAGCAAAGCAAAGUGAUGCAGCAAAAACAAGUUUUAUUCAGGAACUAUUGCAAUAGGGGGGAAGAGAUCUCAACGUAGAACUAACGCAGUUGCAAAUACAGCAAGGACAAGUGGGGGAUUGUAGCCAAGGAGCUGGAUGGGGGGACCAGUGAAUGGACAAUGGCUAAAAGAAACACCAGGGGUGAGGGGGAUUCUUGCUGAGGACAAGCCAUAGUAGUCAGAUGCCAAGGUGGAGGAUGCGGAAUUUGAGCAGGUAUCAAGUGUUGUCUCUAAAUGGACACAGCAAGAUUCUUGCUACAACUGACCACACAGGCCCGACAAGGACGAUGACUACAGGGCUUAGCGGAGCCGCAGAAGUGCCCUCUUUCCUUUUUCCCAUAACCCUCAGCCAUUCCAUGCCCUCUAUGUAGGUACUGGCCUUAUAAGGGUUACAAAAACAGUCUCUGAUGCCCCCAUGGCAAAUCUCACACAGGACUUCAAGUCCCCGACUUUAGAGCUGCGGGUUUAGCACAGCACUUGGCUUGCACCAUUCGCCUUGCAGUGACUGGGACUCCAGCUGAGACAGUGAUGGAGAGCCCCACUUUUGUAUCCUGCUACACAUAUGAUCCCCUGCCCACAAUAAGACCCUAAUGAAUGUUAUUUCUCCAUGUUGAAUGAAGGAAUAGAUGAAUAACCCACAGGAUACACUUCAGGAUCUUCCUGUGUCCCAGGGUCGGUACUGUGAACAGCAAGGACAGGACAGGACUGUAAAUAUGGCCAACACUGGCCUGCAGGUUUGCUGAGUUGUUAUACACUAUAUGAAAGAGUUGUUUUAAUUUUCACUCUAUCCCGCAUAUUAUGUUGGUGUUUCUGCCAUUAAGUCUCAGAAAGUUCCAGGUAUAUUUUUAAUAGAAGAUGCUUUGUUUUAUUCUGAUCAGCUUUGUAUAUAUGGCAGCAUUCUACACUAUAGCUAAUAAGUUAUCAUUUUCUUAAUUGGUAAAAUUGCAUUGCAUCCUUCAAUAUGCACAUAAGCUGGUGGUGUCUCCCUAAGUGUGGGAAAACCACACCUCAGGAAUUGUUUCUUCUACUUGGAAUGAGGGCUCCAUUCAUGAGCUCCUCCCUCCUGAGACAGAAUCUGUUUACCGUUCCCUUUGUGCUGGGCUGGCCUGGUGGUAAAAUAACUUUUUUGAGCCUAGGGCCCAAAGAGUUUGAGUGCUUCUGCUUGCUCUUCUGGCACUUUACUGCCACCAUUUAAACAAACCCAUGUUACUCUGCUGAUGAGAAACAUGUGGCUGAGUCACUGCUGUCACACUACCCUAGCUGACAGCUGGCCCACCACCAGCGCUGUGCAUAAGGACAUCUGAGGUGAGCUGGAUCCGAGCAAAUCCACAAGGUGAAUGCACAUGCAUGAGUGAGCUCAGCUGAGACAAGAACUGUCCAAAUGAGCUAGCUUCAAUUUCCAGCCUGAGAUUUGUAAGUUAAAUAAAUGGUUGUGUUAAGCCAC